UGCGUUUGAGAGCCACUUUGAACAACCCAACUGGGUUGCACAGGCUUAGCCAGACCUUGGGUAAGCUGGGGCCUGUUUGUAUAGCCUCUUUUUCCACGAAGGAACUCAAAUUCUUCAGCCUUCAAACAGAUCAAGUGGGAAUGAUCUCCUGGAUAACAAUGCAACCUUCUACCCUAUUUUCGAAUUAUAGAAUAGAGAGUCGUCGUGCAGAUCAUCAAAUAGUCUUUACUUUCCGCUGGGCCCACCUAUUAACAUUCAGCAGAGAUUUACAAGAUGCCGAGCAUAUUGAGGUUAAACUGAAGCAAAGUGGAGGACAAAACGUCCUAUUUUUUAAUUAUGUAACCAAAACAUAUUAUGAUUCUAGUUGUAACAAUCAGAAAGAAUUGAUCAUUGAAAUGAUACCUCCUGACAGAAUAGCUUUAAUUGAAAAUCCAGCUUCAAUUUGUAUGCCUGAUACAUAUAUUGUUUUGCCAGAUUUGACAGAUUUACGACACACAGCAGAAGGUUAUAAAUCUAUCAAUAGGAGUUUGACGCUUUCUGCCAAUAUGAUGUCGAAAUUCAAGAUUGAAGCCAAGGGUGCAUACUCUACAGCAGUUACCUCUUAUGAAGGUCUUCAGCAUCCACAGUUAGAAGGGCACGAUAUGAGCGAUAGAGACCUUGAGGAAUUUUCCAGCGUUCUCAUUCGUAGUGAUGAUUUUGUCCGUUUCUUAAGUUGUGUUUCGUUAGAGCCAGACUACGUUAUCUGUAGCAUGACCCAUGACCAGCAGCUGUCUUUUCUUGUUUAUCUAACACUUGAUGUGUAUCAGAAUUCUGAUGCACCUAUUCGCCCACUACAUCCUACUCAAUGUCAACUUACUUGUCAAGUACCUCUUUACCAGGAUUAAUCUGAUUAUAGAUAAUGGCGGAAAUCGAAAUGUGCCUAGACAUGCUGUAAAUUACUUCAGAUCAGAUUUUGCCUUUUUUGUCCUUUCCUAUUUUUGCCUAAAGAUAAU